CAACACAAGAGGUCAUUUUUGGAUCACGGAGAACACAAUUCUGCGCUAGCGAGGACAUUUCACACUAUGCUUCAGUGUGUGCAUGUUUAAUAUUAUUCCAUUCUGUGGGAUCACCAUGUGGACUGACUUGCUGAGGCUUAUUUUCAAGGUUGAGCACUUUAUUUCAGACCAAAAUGAUCCCAUAAAUAGAAGAAUAGAGCCUAACACACUUCUGUUCCUGUGCAGGUAGAAACUGUGCUCAUGUUCUUUAGAGGACUUGACACUAAAGGAAUUUUCAGAGGUUUUUUACUCCCACUGAAGUUGAUUUUGGGAGUAACUGUUACGUAUACUUCAGUUAUUAUAUAUACACUUAUAUAUAAUAUCCACUAAGACACCAAAACCAACCCCACAGAGCACAGGGCAUGAAAUUGAGAAAUGUUAUGAUGCCAGUGUGAUAGAACUGUUACUGUAAAACUAUGCUGGACUGAAAUCUGGAGUAAAGACAACAUUUAAAUGUAAUUUUUGACCAGUUGGAGAGGGAGUUGAUGAUCUACAGGUCGGAUACUUAUUACACUCUCUCUCACACACACACACAACUCUGCAGGGUCUCUCUCUCUCCCUCUCCCUCUCCCUCUCUCUCUCUCUCUCUCUCUCUCUCUCUCUCUCUCUCUCUCUCUCUCUCUCUCUCUCUCUCUCUCUCUCUCUCUCUCUCUCUCUGACUCAGCCUCUUUAUUAGUGUCAAAUCGCAGAGCUGGACCUGCACACUGUUCUUGGUGGUUCCUUUUCUUGUUUCAAAAAGUGCUAAUCAGUCUGCCAUGAGUUCACAUCAGCAGGAAAGCACCAAGGAAGAGAAGGGCAAUGUUGGUACUCUGGCUUUAAUGGUAGCUUCUGCUGCAGUUGGGGGAACAGUACAAUAUGGAUAUAACCUCGCCAUUAUGAACGCACCUACUGUAUACAUUCAGAACUUCGUUAAUGAGACGUUUCAGGAGCGCUGGGGGAUACAGUUAGAGGUGUAUGAGGUCACGCUUAUAUGGACCUUCAUAGUUUCCAUCUUCUCACUGGGUGGUCUUACAGGGGCUUUGGUGGCCGGGCCCAUGUCCAUCCACUUUGGAAGGAAGAAGACUUUGUUGCUGAACAAUAUUUUUCUAAUGUCAAGUGCACUGUUGGCUGUAACAAGUCGAAAAGCUCGGUCUUUUGAAAUGAUCAUCUUUUCCAGAUUUCUGGUUGGCAUCAAUGCAGGUGUCAGUAUGAACGUGCAGCCGAUGUACUUUGGUGAGAGUGCGCCAAAACACUUACGAGGGGCUGUGUCCCUGUCCUCUGCUGUAUUCACCUCUUUUGGGUUGGUGGUGGGACAAGUGGUGGGUCUGAGGGAGCUGUUGGGUUGUGAGUCAUGCUGGCCAUACCUAUUAGCCAGUAAUGCUGUCCCAGGUUUUGUCCAGCUCCUUACACUGCCCUGGUUCCCUGAGAGCCCACGGUACCUUCUUAUUGACCGCGGAGACAAGGAUGCCUGCUUAAAGGCAUUGCGACAGCUGCGGGGUUCUGAGGUGCAGAGAGCGGAGCUGGAUGAGAUCCUGCAGGAGCAGGCUGAGGCAGAGGGCAGGAGAGCUCAGCAGCCCUGGGAGCUCUUCACUGAUCACAGCAUUCGCUGGCAACUCAUCUCUGUCACCGUGCUGAGCAGCGCCAUGCAGCUGUGUGGUAAUGACUCGAUUUACUUCUAUGCAUCUUACAUAUUUCAAGAAGCAGGUAUUUCUGCUGAGCACACUCAAUAUGUGACCAUUGGCACUGGCACCUGUGAAUUCACCGCCUGCAUUCUGUGCAACUUGCUGAUUGAACGGCAGGGCAGAAGACUGCUUCUGAUGGGAGGUUAUGCACUCAUGACAGGCUGGGCUGUGGUCUUCACUGUGGCUCUUUCAUUUCAGAAUAUGGUGCACUGGAUGCCCUACCUGAGCAUGGUUUGUGUCUUCACAUAUAUCCUUAGCUUUGGGAUGGGACCAGCUGGGGUGACUGGAAUUCUACCUACAGAGAUUUUUAACCAGACGGCCCGACCAGCUGCCUACAUGAUUGCUGGCUCUCUAAUGUGGCUUAAUCUCUUUAUUAUCGGAAUGAUAUUCCCUUUCCUUGUGCAAGGUCUGGGCCAGUACUGCUUUGUGCCAUUUGGCGCUGUCUGCCUGCUCACUGCACUGUAUAUUGGGUUUUUUCUACCAGAGACCAAAGGAAAGACGCUACCUGCGAUCACAAACGAGUUCAACAAGCUUAACUUCCAUGAACAGGAGGCAACAGGAAAGAGCAAGCAGGCUCACUACCAACUUGGCGAAAUCUGUCACUCUACUGCCCUUUAGAAACUACACGUUUAUACAUUUAAGAAUUCCUACACAUGUACACUUUUGGAUUUCUCUACUGGAGAACAAAAGAGCACUAAUAUUUUAUUGUUAAGAUAGUGUUAAAUGAAUCUGUGUGUAAAGUCUGAGGGGAGGGGUUCCCUAAAAACAAUGUUUUUAAGGUAUACCUACAUGUAAGGUCAAAUGUCUAUGCAGUGAUGUUGAAAAGGGAUGAACAAGCGCCAGGAGGUGUUUUAAAGGAUCUCAUUCUGAGUUAAGUCACUUGGUCCAUUUAUAAUCCUCCUAAGACUACUUGGAAUAGCCUUUUUUUUCUUUUUUUAAGCUACAGGUAGACAGGCCUGCAGUAAAUUCAGAACAUCAAUCUUUUGUAGUUUCUAGAAAUGUACACUAACUGUCUCAAAAUGUAUAUGUCCUAGAAAGUAUACAUUUUCUAGAAAGUAUACAUUUUGAGACACUUAAAUGUGAGUAUGCAAAAAAAUUUACAUUUACCUAAAGGCCCAGUAUUUUUCCUCCUUGCUAAAAACGUUAUAUUAGCAGGAAGUAUGUGCUUGCCAUCACAGUUCUGCUUCUGUCCAACAUUUAUUGGGCACUUCAGAGUGCAUAAAAUGACCUCUAAGUGUUCUAUAUUUUUUUGUAUCUUGCUCUCUAACGACCGUUUAGGAAUUACACUUUAUUUUCGUAAAAAAAUACGUCACAGGUAACACUAAUUGACUACAGCGAAUCAUCAGGUACCUUAUUUUGCAUAUUCAUAAACUGUGAAAUCAACUGACCUUUCCACACUUCACUCUCCGCAUCUCUACUCGAGUAACUUUAUAACUGCUCGGAAAUGGUAUUUAUUGACAAAUGCUCAGUUUUUGGAUGCAAGAAGGAGAAUGAUCACUCUCUGCAUUCUGUUCCAAAUAAUGAGAUAACAUUAAAUCAAAUGGCUUAGUUUUUUUUUCUGGAGUUUAAGUGACGCCCAGUACAAGUACUUUGCCCUCUCAUUUGAAAACUGGACUCCAUACAGCUCCGUAUACCCCGUCGACUCGAGCUGAAAGCUUUCUCGAUACUUACUGGAGGCAGUGUGAAUGAUUAGCUGGUAAAUCUUUAUUUUUAAAUAACAGUCAUUGUUUUCAUUUGACAGUUUAUAUAAUAAUGUAGCUAGCAACGAGAAUGUAGCCAAAUGUGCAGGCUACUGUUAGCUAAUUGUGUUAACUAUAUAAUUUAGCUAGCUUGCUAACCUUACAUUAACGUUAGGUACCCGCCAUCAAAUAUUUUGCAACUAAGAUGCAAGAAAGAUACAAAUUUAUUUUUACGACGUUAUAUGACACGAUACACUUACAUUUGUAGCUCCCGUCGUGUAUAGGUAAAGCCUGUUAGCUAGUUAGCUAGACCUGGUUAACCAGUCGGAUAAAAGCUAGCUAGCUUAACGUUAGCUAAGAGCCAGGUCUCGGUCAACGGCAGAAUCCACACCACGAUUAAAAAGUGCUUAAUCUAGUUAAUUCUCUGGAUAGAUUAAUGUAAAGGAGAUCAGUUUGUAAGACAUGCGUGUUCUUACAUUCUUAAAAUAUGAACUGGGGUCCUUUAAUUUAACCAGAGAAUUUGAUUAGCCUCUAUUUCAUCACGGCGCGGAAUCCGCCAUUGACCGAGACCCCUAACAGCAUUUCUCCCGCUGCGCUGCGGUUGUUUUAACAUCUGUUGCACCAUUUAAGGUGGAACGGGAAAAUGCGACAUAGAAGCUGACUUUAGCUUCUUGUUGACAGUAUAAUUGAAAUGCAAAACGUUCGAUUAACUGGAUAACAACCAGAAAUCUAAUCUACAAAACACACUUUUUAAUGUCGUUUUUGGGGAAAAAUAGAAGGUAGUUGAAAUAUAUGGAAUUGUUUGCUGUUUUUUUAACAGAUUUUUAAAACCAACUGUGCAGGGCCUUUCAGUGUAAUUUGAAACGUGAAUCCAGUCCAAAACAGACUGGAAGUGUGUGAAUAUGGGCAGUGGGUUACUAGUAGGCAGUUGUAUUUAAAUUGAAUGCUUUGUAAUUUGAAUUACACAGCAAAGGCAUUUCAGAUACAGCAGAUAAUUUUGAAUCAAACAACUUUGAUGUUCUGCUGUGAAGGUACAUGGAUGAAGAAUAAAAAAUGUUGGUGAA